AUGAAGGAAAUAUUAGCAUUACUGCUCCUCAGGGCGACCUGGUUCGCCUAUGCACAGGACAUCAUAACAACCUCAUCAGCCACCUUCUCCAGUGUGACCGCGACAGGCGAAGCUGGUUCCUCUUCGACGACCGAGUCAUCAUCAACCACAGAAGCCCCAAUAACUCACACAGUCGAUGUCGGCCAGGCGGGUCACACCUUCCAGCCCGAUGUCGUUCUCGCCCAUGUCGGCGACACUAUCGAGUUCGCAUUCUUCCCCACCAACCACAGUGUCAUCCGCGCCGAGUAUCUCAUACCAUGUGUACCCUACGAAAUGACCGGACGGGGCAAGGUCGGCUUCAACUCUGACUUCUUCCCCGUGGACGCUGUCCUUGAAGAACCUCCUACCUAUAGAAUCCGUGUCAAUGACACAAACCCUAUUUUCUACUAUUGUGGCGCCGAAGGCUCGUGUAUCAAUUGGCAGAUGGUUGGCGUUAUCAAUCCCAAUGCAAGCACCAGUCUGCAGAAGCACAAGGAUGCGGCCAAGGACAGCUCCUUCAUGCUACUGCCAGGCGAAAAGUGGCCCGAUGAGUCUACAGACCCCAUGGCCUCAGACAGCGCCUCCUCUGCCACUUCCACCUCGGGUUCCGCGGAAUCCACCUCGUCCCCUGAAUCAAGCAGCAGUGGUGGAUCCUCUCUUUCGACCGGUGCCAUUGCCGGCAUCGCCGUUGGCGGUACCAUCCUCGUCAUUGGCGCGGCCGCACUCCUCUUCUUCUGCGGGCGCGCCUCGCGUCGACGGAACGCACAAAAUGCCAACCAGCAGCAGCCGCUGAUGCAGCAAGGCACGGGACCGCAGCCUUUUAACCCCGGGCCAAACCACAAUGCCCACAUGAGCUAUGUCCAGCCCUACCCAGACAUGAACAAGCACAUGAGCGUGCAGAGUAUGAGCAUGCACAGUCCAGCCCUGCCAGGCUAUGUCCCUGCACAGCAGCAACCAGGUGUUGCCUCGCCACUGUAUGGUCCGAGCGACGCGCUGAACCCUGGUGGUGAGCAGCAGGGCCCCUAUGGCGGCAGCCCGCAGCACAGCCCCCACAUGCAACCGCAGAUGAUGCCCAUCGCGGCGGGUAUGGCCCCCAACGCGGCGUACCAGAACGCCAUGCAACAGCAGCAACCAUCACCCUUUUCCUCCUCCCCCAUCCCCGGAAAUGCCUAUGGAGCGCCCAUGCCACCACAUCCCUCCACCUCACCACCGCCACAGCAGCUAGGCCACUACGGCGGCAACAACUACCACGAGAUGCCAGCCGCCCCUGUCUCGGACGCGCAGUACCAGUCACAGCUACAGCCCAGCCCACGCGGCGGCGGUGGCAGUGAGCUUGACGGCAGCGAUACACCGACGUUGCACGGCAAUCAGCAAAGCGGCGGCGCCCAGCCCGCAGGCGGAAUCAUGAACUUUAUUAAGCAGAAUACGGGUGGGAAGUAG